AUGUCGCCCGCCGCCCCCACCUCCGCCAUCGUCGCCGACACGUCGAGCGGGUGCCACCACCUCAGGAUCGACGGCUACUCGAGCCUCAAAGCCCUGCCGUCCGGCCGGCGCUUCAGUUCCCGCUCUUUCACCGUCGGAGGCCGUCGCUGGAGGAUCGACUACUACCCCAACGGCCGCCGCCACAACUGCCGGGGGCACGUGUCCGUCUACCUCGUCCUCGACGAGGACGCUGCCGCUGCGGAGGAAGUGACGGCGUGGUUCCGGUUUAGCUUGGCGGUGAACCGAUGGUUCUCCUUCCUCGGCAAGGCCAAGCCGCGGACAUCGCCCGCACGCAAGUUUGGUGGUGCGGCCAAGAGAAAAAGCCGGGGGUUCCCACGGUUUGUCAAGUGCCAACUGCUGGAGAAAUCCAAGCACCUCAACCGUGAUUCGUUCACGGUCAGGUGCGAGGUCGUCGUCAUCAACGGGGUUCGCCACGAGGGGAGGGCCAAGAAACCUUCUCCCAAGGUCGUCUCUGUGCCCCCGUCCGACCUGAACCAGCACCUCGGCGGCCUACUCCUCACCGGAAAGGGCGCUGAUGUGGUGUUCGAGGCUGGUGGCGAGACAUUCGCCGCGCACAGGUGCGUGCUCGCAGCCCGAUCGCCGGUCUUCAGCGUGGAGCCCUUUGGCUCGAUGAAGGAGGGCAGUAGCACCAGUGAUUUGGUCCGCAUACAUGACAUGGAGCCGCAGGUGUUCAGGGCUUUGCUCUGUUUCGUGUACACUGACUCAUUGCCGGAGAUGAAAACAGAAGAGGAUAUCAUGUGCCAGCACCUGCUUGUCGCUGCGAACAGGUAUAACAUGGACAGACUGAAGUUGGUCUGCGAAGACAAGCUGUGCAAGUACAUUGAUGUCGGUACCGCGGCCAACAUGUUGGCAUUAGCUGAAGCUCACCACUGCCAUGUGCUGAAGGGUGCAUGCUUCGAUUUUCUCCGCUCUGCGGCAAAUCUGAUACCAGUCGUUGCCAACGAUGGCUUCGAACAUCUAAGGGUAGCCUGCCCCUCUCUUGUAAAGGAGUUGUUCGCCAUGCACUCGCCACCUUUAGCUCAGUGA